GGCGAUUUCGACUUUGACGUAAAGCAAAGUUAAACAGAUAAACAGCAGCUUUCAAUCUAAUUUUCAAGGGGAUAUCGUACAAAUCUUAAUAAAACAGGGGGGAAAAGGCAACAGCUAUUUCAUAUCUACGCAACAUCAGUUGUUUCUAGGUCUCUGUAGCGUUUUGAGAAGGAUCUUGUUUUUACAUUCGACCAGACGCCACCUCAGCAAUUUAUCAGAAGCUUUUAGACUACAUCCAUUCUGAAAGGGACCUAUCGUCAAACAAGACUCAUUAAACAGCAUUUGACGAUUUGGUUGCCUGUCACGUUCCACGUCACGUCAAGCGCAAUCCUGCCAUCAGUCUCUCUCCAGCAGUGACUUCGGAGCAAUAGACUUGCUCAACAAGAAUCUUCAAUUCGUAUAAAAAUCGCGGAUGUUUCUGAAGUCAAACUUGUCGAGAAAGAGUCGCUAGGCAAUCAAAAGGAAACUAUACCGCGCCAACUGAAUCCGCGACUGAGCCCACAGGAAUUAACCCAAAAGUCACGUGACCAUAAUUAAAAAAAAAAAAAAAAACUUAAAAAAUGAGCUUGAAAAUUAGUCUGAAAAAGAAGAAAAAGCCGGAUUUGGAUUCAAAUCCCCAAGACGCUAGCAACGAUGAUGAAUUGCCCAAAGAGUGCUCAGAGAGUGACGCCACAGAGGGAAAGCUGGAUGAAGCAGCAGAUAAAGUCAUUGAUGAAGUCGAAGAUGAAGUCAAAGAAGAAGUCGAAGAUGGAGUCAAAGAAAAAGGUAAAUUGAAAGAAAAAGUCAAAAGUAAAGAUAAAGUCAAAGUCAAAGAGAAAGUCAAGAAAGCAGAGGGCAAAUCGAAGGGCGCUGGAGCCUUUGGAAGCCUUUUUGGUAAGAAAGUCGCAGCGGCUGCAGAGGAAGCGGUUGGUGAUCCGGACAAGGCCGUUGCAACAAUUGAAGAAGACUUGUCUGGCAUUGAUGAAAUAAUCAAAGAUCCAACUAACGUGGAUUCCUGUAUCGACGGAGUAUCACAAGUCGUUGAUGAAUCGAUCGACCAAAAGGAAACUGAAUCCGCGACUGAGUCAGAAGAAGAAGCAAAGGGUACGUUACCAGAUACGAAAAAGAGCAAGAAAAUGAGCCGAGGAAUGAGCCUGAAAAGAAAGAAAAAGCCAGAUUUGGAUUCGAAUCCACAAGACGAUGGGAAAGAAGAUGAAUUGCCCAGCAAAGAUUGUCUGGAGAGUGAAACCACAGAGGAAAAACCGGAUGAAGCAGCGGAUGAAGCAGCGGAUGAAGCAGCGGAUGAAGUCACUGAUGAAGUCGAAGAUAAAGUCAAAGAAAAAGAUAAAGUAAAAAGUAAAGACAAAGAUAAAGUCAAGGAGAAAGUCAAAGAUGUCAAGAAAGCAGAGGGCAAAUCAGAAGUUCGAUCGAAGGGCGCCUUUGGAAGUCUUUUUGGCAAGAAAGUCGCAGCAGCUGCAGAGGAAGCGGUUGGUGAUCCGGACAAGGCCGUUGCAACAAUUGAAGAAGACUUGUCUGGCAUUGAUGAAAUAAUCAAAGAUCCAACUAACGUGGAUUCCUGUAUCGACGGAGUAUCACAAGUCGUUGAUGGAUCGAUCGACCAAAAGGAAACUGAAUCCGCGACUGAGUCAGAAGAAGAAGCAAAGGGUACGUUACCAGAUACGAAAAAGAGCAAGAAAAUGAGCCGAGGAAUGAGCCUGAAAAGAAAGAAAAAGCCAGAUUUGGAUUCGAAUCCACAAGACGAUGGGAAAGAAGAUGAAUUGCCCAGCAAAGAUUGUCUGGAGAGUGAAACCACAGAGGAAAAACCGGAUGAAGCAGCGGAUGAAGCAGCGGAUGAAGCAGCGGAUGAAGUCACUGAUGAAGUCACUGAUGAAGUCGAAGAUAAAGUCAAAGAAAAAGAUAAAGUAAAAAGUAAAGACAAAGAUAAAGUCAAGGAGAAAGUCAAAGAUGUCAAGAAAGCAGAGGGCAAAUCAGAAGUUCGAUCGAAGGGCGCCUUUGGAAGUCUUUUUGGUAAGAAAGUCGCAGCAGCUGCAGAGGGAGCGGUUGGUAUUGUGAACAAGGCCGUUGCAACAAUUGGAGAAGACCUGCCUGGCAUCGAUGAAAUGAGCAAAGAUCCAACUAACGUGAAUACCUGGAUCGACGGAGUAUCAAGUGUCAUAAACGACGGAUCAGCAGAAGUAACCGACGGAGUAGCAGAAGUCGUAAACGAAAAAUUGGCAGAAGAGCAAUCAAAAGUCACGUCACCAGAACCGAAAAAGGGCGUGAAAAUGAGCCUGGGAAUGAGCCUGAAAAAGAAGAAAAAGCCAGAUUUGGAUUCGAAUCCACAAGACGCUGGCAAAGAAGACGAAUUGCCCAGCAAAGAUUGUCUGGAGAGUGAAACCACAGAGGAAAAACCGGAUGAAGCAGCGGAUGAAGUCAUUGAUGAAAUCGAAGAUAAAGUCAAAGAAAAAGGUAAAGUCAAACAUAAAGUCAAAAAUAAAGAAAAAGUCAAAGAUGUCAAGAAAGUAGAGGGCAAAUCAGAGAAUCGAUCGAAGGGCGCCUUUGGAAGCCUUUUUGGCAAGAAAGUCGCAGUGGCUGCAGAGGAAGCGAUUGCUGAUUUGGACAAGUCGAUUGCAACAAACGGAGAAAACCUUCCUAGCAUCGAUGAAAUAAUCAAAGAUCCAACUAACUUGGAAGUUUGGGUCGAUGGAGUAUCACAAGUCGUUGAUGGAUCGGUCGACCAAAAGGAAACUGAAUCCGCGACUGAGUCAGAAGAAGAAGCAAAGGGUACGUUACCAGAAACGAAAAAGAGCAAGAAAAUGAGCCGAGGAAUGAGCCUGAAAAAGAGCAAGAAAAAGCCAGAUUUGGAUUCGAAUCCACAAGACGAUGGGAAAGAAGACGAAUUGACCAGCAAAGAGUGCUUGGAGAGUGACACGACAGAGGAAAAACCGGAAGAAGCUGAAGAUGAAGUCAUUGAUGAAGCCGAAGAUCAAGUCAAAAGUAAAGAAAAAGUCAAAAGUAAAGAUAAAGACAAAGAUAAAGUCAAGGAUAAAGUCAAAGAUGUCAAGAAAGCAGAGGGCAAAUCAGAGAAUCGAUCAAAGGGCGCUGGAGCAUUUGGAAGCCUUUUUGGCAAGAAAGUCGCAGCAGCUGCAGAGGAAGCAGUUUGUGAUCUGGACAAGUCAAUUGCAACAAUUGGAGAAGACUUGUCUGGCAUUGGUGAAAUGUGCAAAGAUCCAACUAACGUUGACUCCUGGAUUGACGGAGUAUCAAGUGUCAUAAACGACGGAUUAGCAGAAGUCGUAAGUGACGGACUGGCAGGAGUAAGCGACGGACUAACCGGAAUAAAUGACGGACUGGCUGAAGUGAACGAAGGACUAACCGGAGUAAGCGACGGAUUAGCAGUCGCAAGUGACGGACUGACAGGAGUAAGCGACGAAGUAGCAGAAGUCGUAAGCGACGGAUUAACCGAAAUUUACGAAGGACUGGAAGGAGUAAGCGACGGUCUAGCCGAUCUCAGCGACGGAGUAGCAGCAGUCGUAAGCCUCGGCCUGGCAGGAGAAAAAUCAAAAGUCACGUCACCAGAACCGAAAAAGGUCAGGAAAAUGAGCCUGAAAAUGAUUCUGAAAAAGAGCAAGAAAAAGCCGGAUUUGGAUUCAGAUUCACAAGAGGCUAGCAAAGAAGAUGAAUUGACCAGCAAAGAGUGCUUGGAGAGCGACACCAUAGAGGAAAAACCGGAAGAAGCUGAAGAUAAAGUCACUGAUGAAGUCGAAGAUGAAGUCACUGAAGUGAUUGAAGGUAAAGUCAAAGAAAAAGGUAAAGGCAAAAGUAAAGAUAAAGUUAAAAAUAAAGUUAAAGACACCAAAGUUCAGAAAGUUGUCAAGAAACCAGAAGGCAAAUCACAAGUUCGCUCAAAGGGCGCUGGAGCAUUUGGAAGCCUUUUUGGCAAGAAAGUUGCAGCGGCUGCAGAGGAAGCGGUCACAGUCGGAGAAGACCACGUAAGCGACGGAAUGGCUGAUGGCAAUCAAACGGAAACCGAUUCCUCGACUGAGUCAGAAGAAGCAGCAAAAGUCACGUUACAAGAACCGAAAAUGAGUCUGAAAAAGAGCAAGAAAAAGCCGGAUUUGGAUUCGAAUUCACAAGACGCUGGGAAAGAAGAUGAAUUGCCCAGCAAAGAUUGCCUGGAGAGCAACACCGUAGAGGAAAAACCGGAAAAAGCUGAAGAUGAAGUCAUUGAUGAAAUCGAAGAUCAAGUUGAAGAUCAAGUCGAAGAUCAAGUCGAAGAUCAAGUGAAAGAAAAAGCCAAAAGUAAAGAUAAAGUCAAGGAGAAAUUAAAGAAAGUAGAGGGCAAAUCAGAGACUCGAUCGAAGGGCGCUGGAGCCUUUGGAAGCCUUUUUGGCAAGAAAGUCGCAGUGGCUGCAGAGGAAGCGAUUGGUGAUUUGGACAAGUCGAUUGCAACAAACGGAGAAGACCUGCCUGGCAUCGAUGAAAUAAUCAAAGAUCCAACUAACUUGGAUUCCUUUAUCGACGGAGUAUCACAAGUCGUUGAUGGAUCGAUUGACCAAAAGGAAACUGAAUCCGUGACUGAGUCAGAAGAAGAAGAAGUCAAAAUCACGUCACCGGAACCGAAAAAGAGCAAGAAAAAGAGCCUGAAAAUGAGUCUGAAAAAGAGCAAGAAAAAGACGGAUUUAGAUUCAGAAUCACAAGACGCUGGCAAAGAAGAUGAAUUGCCCAGCAAAGAGUGCUUGGAGAGUGACAACACAGAGGGAAAAGCGGAUGAAACUGAUGAUAAAGUCACUGAUGAAGUCACUGAGGUAAUUGAAGGUAAAGUGAAAGGUAAAGUCAAAAGUAAAGAUAAAGACAAAGUCAAGGAGAAAGUCAAGAAAGCAGAUGGCAAAUCAGAGAAUCGAUCAAAGGGUGCCUUGGGAAGCCUUUUUGGCAAGAAAGUCGCAGCGGCUGAAGAGGGAGCGGCCACAGGCGGAGAAGACCUCGUAAGCGACAGACUAGCAGGAGUCGCUGAUGGUAAUCAAACGGAAACCGAUUCCUCGACUGAGUUAGAAGAAGAAGAAGCAAAAGUCAAUUUACCAGAACCGAAAAUGAGCCGGAAAAUGAGCAAGAAAGUUCUUGGUACAGAAGACGAAUUGGCCAAACAGGGCUUGGAGGAUGGCAGUAACACGGUACAACCGGAAGAGGCACUAACCGAUGGAGUCACCGAUGGAGUCACCGAUGUAGUCGAAGAUGAAGUCACCGAUGAAGACACAGAUGUAGUCGAAGAUGUAGUUAAAAGCAAAGCCAAAAGUAAAGCCCAAAACAAAGUCAAAGUUGCCAAAAACGUAAAAGGUGACGAAGAUGAAGAUGAAGAACGUAAAACAAAAAACAAAGGCAAAAGUAAAGGUAAAAGCAAAGUUAAACUUGACAAAAAAGUAAAGGGAGAUGAAGUUGAAGACCAAGUGGAAGAUGAAGUCAAACGUAAAGCCAAAAACAAAUCUAAAGUUGGCAAGAAAGUAGAAGCUGAUGAAGACGAAGAUUUAGAAGAAGAAGAAGACUCGGAAGAAGACGCGUACGAAGACUCGGAUGAAGAUGAAGUCAAUCGUAAAACCAAAACCAAAGGCAAAGUUGCCAAGAAAAGACAGAGCAAAAAAGUUCGAACGGCGGUCGUUUCCGUGAGUAAAGCUGUCGGAGGUAUUAUUGCCGGGCAAAUCGGAUCGGCUGCAGCGGGUGCCAUUGUCGGAGCCGUUUACGACGUGGGCACGGCCAUUGCCACACGCGGAGAUGAGAUGAACGGCAUUUGUGGAAUAAUCAAAGAUCCCAAAAACGCCGAUUCCUGGAUCAAAGCAGCAUCAGGUAUGACUAAAGACACACAAGAUCAAAACAUUUUUGGCAGUGAAUCGGAAAGUGAACCAUCGCCCGAGUCAGAAGAAGAAGAAGAAACGACGCCAAAACGGAAAAAGAGUCUCAAAUCAAGUAAGGGCAAGUCGAUGGAAGUCGAUGCAGACCCAGCAGAGCAAGACCUUGUGCGCAUCUACGACAUUACCUCACAGACAAUGAGAAAGAUCCUGAAAGAGGCCGGAAUCGCUUUACCGGAAUAUCAAGGCGGUCGAUCAGUGUCUGCCCUCGUUAAGCAAUUACAACGACUAACAGAAAUGGCCAAAAACGAGUCGUUCACUUUGCAUUCCUAUUACAAACUUUACGACAGUCUGCAUGAAUUGGUGACCGUCCACAAAGCAGAGUUCCAAAUGACAAGCCCAUCGACCAUCACGCUCACCGUCGCUUCCGAAUCCGUUUGCUUCGACGAAACUCUGAAGCGCUUCAUAGCCAAACUUCUUCUGUCCGUUCACGCCACCCACAAAGUCCCGUUGAAAGACGUGGCCCCCAACGACAAGAAAUUCCACUGCAUUUACCGAUUCCGCUGCAUCAUUUGCGCUCGCCACGGAAAUGAAUUCGUCUACGUCCGCCAAUCGAAGAAUUUCAAGCCUCGAUUCGAAACCCACACGGGGCAGAUGUUGCGCGAUUGGGUAAAAAGUGAGGAAAGGUCCACACUGUCGAUAGGAAUUCCCCUCGCAAAAUCCACACCCCGAAAGUCUUCGUCUACUGUAUUCGACCAUCCAGGGCACUGCCACCCUGACGUGGUGGUAAAGUUUAGCGAGAUCCUCGAAGUGGACAUAGUCCAUCGAUUUAUCGAAAUCAACAAAGACAAAACAAUUCGAAAAAACUGGGAAACAUUCAGUCAGUGGCUCUUCAAAUCAAUUGAAUACGAUGACGACGAUGACGAUGACGACGACGAAACUGAAAAUGUUACUGAAAAUGAAAAUUUAACUGAAAAUGCAAAAGAAACUGCAAAAGAAAAUGCAACUGAAAACGAAACUGAAAAUGCAAAAGAAAAUGCAACUGAAAACUUAACUGAAAAUGGAACUAACAACGGAACCGAAAGCGCAACUGAAAAUUUAACUGAAAACGCAAUUGAAAAAGAAACUGACGACGGCCCUGAGUUCUGAUUCUUAAAUAUUUCGCAUGUUAAAAUUAAUGACCAACAAGACUUUUAACACAUUGAUUUUCUUUUUUAGAUGGCCAUUUUAAGUUUUCUUCAUUUUUUGUUUCAAUAAACCGACUAAUAAAAGUACACUUCUAUA